AUGGCGGAACCUUUCGCUGUUUACAAGUCCCCUAACGAGCAGGAUCGGGAGUUUAAAGUUGACUCAACAAGCAAACGGUACCAGACCACUAACGGUCAAACUACUGGUCCUAGUGCGUACGUGGUGCAGGCCGGACAAGUUGAUGUAGACAAACCAUCAGAUCCUAAGAAAGACGAAAAUGGUGAUUAUACGUACCUGAGCAAACUUAGAAUGGGCCUUACAGGACUGCAGGACGACAUCAACGAAUUUUUAACGGAACAAAUGGAAAAGGCGAAAAAUAAGAAGUAUAAACAAGACGAUGAAAUUAGGAUAAAAGGUGAAAUCGAGAAGUUGCUUGAUGGUGGCGACGAUGAUGACGACGACGAAAAUGAAUAA